UAUAUUAAAAAAAAUAAAAGAAAAGAAAAUAAAAAAGAGCGUGAGAGGAGCUAAACCCAACCAACGAACCCUUCAGUGUAUUAACUGAUAUAUAUUAUUCUUGAUUCAAAAACUUCAAGGCAGACUCAGCCUGAGCAUCUCUCUCACUUUGAGGUGAUAGGUAUUUACAAUGGAGACGGAAGAGGAUGAGGUGAAGAAGACGCAGUUGGUUGAUGCCCGAGCAAGAAACAUCAGUCACAAUGUCCGGUGCACUGAAUGUGGGAGUCAAUCCAUUGAAGAUUCACAAGCGGACAUCGCAAUUCUUCUUAGGAAGUUAAUUCGCGAUGAGAUUCAAGCUGGGAAAUCGGACAAAGAGAUUUUUAAAAAGCUUGAGCAGGAUUUUGGGGAGACAGUAUUAUAUGCCCCAAAGUUUGAUCUGCAGACUGCAGGCUUGUGGCUAUCUCCGCUUCUAGUUGCAGGUGCUGCUGCAGGAGUAUGGGCUUACAAAAAGCAUAGGCAGAAGACCAAUGUUCACAUCAUGGCUUUGGACCUUGUUAGAGGUGUUGCAUUGACCCCAAAAGAGAAGGAAACAAUGCUUGAUCUCCUCACACCUCCUCCUUCACAGGGAACUACUCCCUCCUGGUGGAGGAGAUGGCGAGGUUUAUGAUAUGUCUUGCUAAUUCCAUGGUUUCUUGUUUGUCUUAGUUGGUUUGAAACUAAGAUGGCAAUUUGAAAACUGUGGUUAGACCACGAUUUGCAAAAACUGAGAAUCAACUUGUUGGAGAGUUUGUUUCCCUGGAUCUGGAGUUGGUUAUAAUAAAGAAGUAUGAUUGCCUGUACAGUGUUGCACUGCAUAAGUUUUGGCUCUGUACAUUAAUUUUUUUAUUUUUUAUUUUGGAUGACUUUGUACAUUGAGAGAUGGCUUAUUAUUUUAUGUCAUGAUUUAAAAUAUCUUAUUCUUA